UCAGCGGAGUUCGGAGUUAGGUCAGUCGCCAUUGACUUAGAUUAUAUGUUGUUUUUGUGCACUGGGACUAAGAUAUAGCCGGUGAAAAGUGUAGUUUUCAAUACUAACUUUGAGUAGACAAACCAGGUUAUUUGUGGUUCAGUGAAGUGCUUAGUUCAGCUAAAAUUUAAAACAGUGGUGGAAAUAGGUAAUGUCAGCAGGCGUGUCAGAUCAGCGGAUGAAAGGACAAGGGAAUCAAGCAAAUGGCCCUAAGGACCACGUGAAUGAACAUGAGGAUUUUGAUUCAUGGCGAUCUCAGCAUCAUCAGGGCUACAGUACCCCAAUCUCAACGUCGAUGGCUUCAGACCCGUACACAAUGUCCAACUACUACGGGACGUCGUUCCCCUACCAAACAUUCGGCGUGGGAGAUGGAACAUGGUCCAAUGGCGGAGACCCAAUGACAUUCCUCGGCGGGUAUGGAGGACAAAUGGGGCAUGACUCAUACGGCAUGGAGGGAAUGUUCGGAGGUGGUGGUGGGGGCUUCGGAGGAGCCUUCGCACAGCCGACUGCACCAGCAGCAGGCUUCAACUACUUUCACGGGAACGGAGACUACUCGACAUGGGGCAGCUCAGCAGCCAUGUCUCGCAAGCCUCACUACGAGGACUACUACAGGGGAAGUGACGGGGGGGUGUACAGUGCUGUGGACACGCUCAAGGGUGUAGAACAGGGCAUGCAGGCCCUCGGACUGUCAGAUCCUAAUGUGAAAGUCAUGGACGGUAAAGUUGACGGAAAAGGUGAUAUGAACAUGCAGCAAAGUCAGUCAGCACCUAAGAAGAUGACUUGGGCUUCGAUUGCAAGCCAGCCGGCAAAACCAACUCCUCAAGUGGGAUCGGGAGGGAUGAAGAAGAAGGGACCGGGGAUGCCUCCUCCACCUAUGGUGCCGGGAAAGCAUAAUAUGGACAUUGGAACUUGGGAAGGUAAAAACGGAGGUGGUGCUACAAUCGGGGUAAAACCUGUUGGACCUCCUCCCCCUCAGGUGAGGCCAGCGUGGGGUGGUCCUAUCCGUGGGGCUGGACCUCGAGCUGCUGGACCCAAUGGCUUCCCUCCAGGUCCUGCACCCCCUCAUCACCAUCCUCACCAAGUGGCUAUUCUAGCCCCCCCUCAUCACCACCACCCUCCUCAAGGUCCUAUGAUGGCAGGGCCUCCUCCUCACCAGAUAGCUCAAGUUCCUCCUCCUCCCAUGCUCCCUCCUCAUCAACCGGGACCUCCCCCCUCCCAUCCCGUUCUUGACGAGUUGCGUGGAAAGAACAAUUACAAUCCUGUUGAAUUUGACCUUACUGCUAAAGGUGCGAGGUUUUUUGUCAUCAAGUCGUAUUCGGAGGACGACAUCCAUCGUUCCAUUAAGUACGAGAUUUGGUGUUCGACGGAGCACGGCAAUAAGAGACUGGAUCAAGCGUAUCGAGAGCGUGAGGGAAAGGGCAUGGUGUAUUUAUUUUUCUCUGUAAACGGUUCCGGUCACUUUUGUGGGAUGGCAAAAAUGACAUCUCCCGUGGACUAUCACGCUUCAAGCUCCGUUUGGUCGCAGGAUAAGUGGAAAGGACAGUUCAAAGUGAGGUGGAUCUAUGUCAAAGACGUGCCUAAUGUUCAGCUUCGUCAUAUCAGACUGGAAAAUAAUGAGAAUAAGCCAGUAACAAAUUCACGUGAUACACAAGAAGUUCCUUUUGAGAAAGGGAAACAAGUGCUUAAGACGAUGCAUACGUUUAGGCAUUCAACAUCGAUUUUUGAUGAUUUUGUGCAUUACGAGAAGCGUCAAGAAGAAGAAGAUUCAAGGAAGGAGCAGCCUCAGCCACAGUCUACACAGCAACAACAUAGCCCACUGCAGAAUGAGCGACCACCACAGAACCCUCAGCACCACCAUAAGGAACGGGAAGGUGGAGGUGGAAGUGGAGGCGGUCGCGGUGGACGUGGAGGUGGCAGAGGAGGUGGCGGAGCUCGCAAUAACUGAACCUCCGUUCUUCAAUCUUUAGAUAUAUAUUAUAUUCUGAAUAAAAGUUAUCAUUAUUAUUUCUAACAUUAAUUGUAACCUGUCAGGAGAAGGAAAGCCUAGGUUUUAGAAAUGCUUGUUCUUUCUCAAAUGAGGAUGGCCAAUGUCAAUUAUUGUUAAAUACUUUUAGCCAUAUUUUUUUUAGUUUGAGAUUUUACAAAAUAUAAGUUUUAAUUCAUGUUAGCCGUUCAAAUGUUUCAGUGAUUAUUUUUGAUGAGUUUUUUUGUUUUUUUAGUGUCAAGAUGAAAAGUAUUUUUUGAAAAAUGUUUAUUUGAAUAAGUUAAGUAUGACUUACUGUCACUGAGCUGUAUGUUUAAAUUACUGUUCUUGAAAUUCACCAUAUAUUCACAUAUUGUGUGUUAGAGUACUAACUGAGAGUGGGAAUAGAGCUGUAGCCUGUAUUAUUGUCAAUGAAAAUGGUACAGUACUCAUAAUCUAUAGUUUCUGUGCAAUUGUUGUUUAGGGUACCAAACAAAAUUAAACUAUAGACUGGUUAAACUCCCUAAGUUAUGUAAUUUGCUGUGAAUUUAUCUUACUGAACUAUAACAAAUAAUUAAGUUACUCCGAAUGCAUGUAAACUAUCUUGCAUGAUUUCCUCAUCUUGUAAUUUAUAACAUAUUAGAUAACAUAUUAAAUGUUCUUUAAAACGUUGUUAACUUUAUUUUAUUGUAGGUUGCAAUUAGUUUAAUUGCAGCCUGCGCUGUUAACAGCUGAUUUAAAUUAUGCUAUGUGCUCAGCACUCUAACUUUAAAGACAGUAAACAGACGAGUUAUAUAACUCUCAUGUACCUAACUAUGUGCCAUGAUCCGUGUGUUUAUUAAUCUUUGUUGCAUGAAAUUUUGUAUAUCCAAGUGUGAAAACACUAUAAAAAUAACAUGAGUGAUGUAGCUGACUUUAUUCGUUAUGAUCAAACUAUUUUAUUUGUAAUUUUUUGCAUAAGACAUUUCCACUUUUAGAAUAUUUUUACUUAAGUUUUUUGUUUUGUUGAAAGGCCAUCCUCUUUACUCAGUGUUGCACUUUUGAUGUUUCACUGGAGUGUCAUAUGAUUACAUUAAACAGCUGUUUCUAUAUUGUUGGGUUUUGUUGUUGUGUAGUCUUGCACAUGUCUACAAAAUAUACGCAGUAGUUCGACUGAUUCGUGUAUUCAUAGUCUUUAAAAUCUUAUUCAACUCCUUUUGCAGCUAAGCACAUUUUUUUAUGAGUAAAUCCAAAAAUAAUACCGGUAAUUUUUCAAACGUGGAUAUAUGUUUCUUUAUAAAACAAUAGGUAGGUAAUCUGACAUUUUGUAGACACUGCUCUUUAUAUCUGUGAUAUAACUUACUAUUGAUUUUUCUUGCCAACCUAAUUUUCUUUCCUCCCAGUUGAUAAAGGUUAACUGAUGUGUUCUAAAACUUGUGGUAUUAUGUUUUCCUGUAGGUUAAAUUUAUAUAUACUCAGACAAGCAAAUUGGAACACUGCUAAAUGUAUCCAAAUCAAUUUAUUGAAAUGAGUUAACCUAGUAAAAUUAUGUGUGAAUGUAGGAAGUUGGGACUAUAGUUCGGCCGCUUAGAAAACGACCUGCGCGCUAAUGCUAAACCAAUGCUGGAGGAGGUCGUUUUCUAAGCGGCCGACCUAUAGUUAAUAAGUUGGUAGUAAUUAAACUCGCAUGUGAUCGUGCCUGAUUAAGGGAAACUUCUUUGAUUGCAAUCAAAGCUCAAAAUUCAAAUUCAAAUGAAGCAAUUGAUCAUAAUAUAAUCUUUAACUCUACUUUCAUCUCCAGCUGAUUGUAUUCACACAUUUUGCUGCAAAAGGACUGUCACCUCUGCUUUGUUAAGUUUACCUGUUUGGCUAUAUUUAAUUCUGUUGAACAUUAUAUCAUACUUGGCAUAGCAUUGUCUAUAAUUGGUUUAUUGGUAUUAGUUGGUUUGUGUUAAAAAAUGAUUAAAUAUGUAACUAGCAAAUUGUGAACUCUAGGUCCGCAAUGUAGCCGGAUCCACAUUUGAGAGUGGGUAGCAUUGCUAUUAAUUACGUUUUGUUUGUUUGUUUAACAUUUCUGGUUUUAGUAGAGAACGUUUCAAAAGAAUUGAUAUUUUUGCUCUUGAGCGCAGUAUGUCACCUACUCUCAAUGUGUCUGGCAUAGUCGUCUGAUUUUGUGUGGCGUGAAGUGAGUGACUCCAGUAAAGGACUUAAACCAAAGUGAAACUGUUACUUUUAUUCAAUUGAUUUCAUAGGACAGUGUGAAUAAUUGGAACCUCAAAAACAAAUUCGGCAUCUUACGGACAGUGACCGAAAUAAUCAGUGAUGUGAUUCUUUUGAACUUGAACUUUUCUAUCGAAGCGCAUCGUUAAACCAUUUGAACUCUUUUCGGUAAGUGUAAGUGGACUAAUUAUAUAAAAUGUUAAACAUAAGACUGCUGUAACGAUACGAAAUAAACAUUUGAAAUUUAAUCUUCGUCGAGAAAGAUCUGGACUUCCUCAAUCAAGCUGAGCGCUUCGGUGAGAACGAUUUUGAAAAUCACAGUUCAAGAUGAUUCUACGGUUUGAUCGACUCCCAAAACGUUUAGUUGUAAAAGAACGUUUUGUGGCCUGUAAAAUAAACACUUUAAUUAUUUUUACUAGUAUGAUUUGUACUUAGUGAGAAGAAUUAUUUCAGUUAAAUUUUAUAAAUGAAUUGACAGUUUAUUUAUAAAGCGUGAUGUCAAUUUGGUGUGUGAACUAUAAUACUGAGAUCUAUAUAUAGCCUACCUUCGAGUGUAAAUAUGUUUAAAUAUAAUAAUAUAUUUUGUUAAUUAUAAAAUAUUCAAUUAUUAUUGAUUAAUACAAUGUUAAUGACUUUCAAAUGAAAACAACUUAGUCCAGUCUAUGACAUUGAGCAUGUUACCUCAUUUAAUAGGUCUUAAACAGACCUAGGUACCUACAUUAAAUUGUUUACAUAAUGUACAUUUUGAGUUCUAUUAUGAAAGACAAAACCCCAUUCAUGGUUUUUAUUCCAGAGUCAUUAAAGGUAACAAACUUGGAUGUAACAAAAUGUAUUCAGUUGUGUCUAGAAUUGUUCUCUGCAAAUUGGUGCUCUAUUGUGGUUUAAUUAAAACAAAAUUAGGUAAAUUAAUCAUAUAGGUAACGAGUUGUUUUGGCAAAUGCAUGUACAGUAAUAGAAACCCAUGUACUGGUUUUCUUUGAACCAAUAAUGUUCUUUUAUCAAAAUAGGAUGUAUAUUUGGAGAAAGCAUGUGUGUUACAUUUAUGUUAAGCCAAUUUAAUUGGGAAUUGCAUGUAACAAAAUGAUCUAUUAUUAAAUUUAAAACACCUCUUUAUUUUGUAAAAUUAUUUAGCAUAGACUGGUCUCAUUUUUGACAAUUUAGUUUUGUAGAACCAACAUUGAGAAUUUAAGUUCUAUAAAUUGUACCUUGCUUUAAAUAAACUAUUAACUGUGAUGAUAUUUUAAUUGCAUCUUGUUGUGCACAUUGCUGUUGCACAGUGUAUCUAAAGCUGUAAAACUUGUUAAAUAAAUUAUUUAAAUAAUUAUCAUUAGUAAUCACGUGACUGGAUGUUAAUGCUAUUUAAGUGGCAAUUUUAACUUGAUUGUAUGUUAUAAAUGACUGAAUACAGUUUAGCAUCAAAUUGAUGUCCGCUGCACAUAGAUUGCUCGGUUUGAUGAUGCAGGACUUGUUGAUAAUGAGAAUUAAAGAUCGUAAUACCAAUA